GCCACCGCGGCCCGCAGCUGGAGCCGGCUGGGCAGCAGCGGGGCACAACCCCUUCUCAACAGGCGGCCGCCUCGGAGAGCGAGGGAAGCCGAGGCAGCCAGCCCGCCCUCUUCCCUCCUCCCUGCGGCCCGGCUGGCCCGCGGCUGCCCGGCCUGCUCUGCCUCCUCCCCCCGCUGUUGCCGACGUGGCGGGGCGGGGAAGGAGAAGGAGCCGGUGGCGCGCCGGCCGGGCACUGCUGAGCGGUUUUGGAAAAGGAUCCUGUUAUCUGACGGUGGAAUUUGGUUUACAAACAAAAAAUUUCUUUAGGUGAUGCUGCCCAUCACACAAAUUGAAAAUGUCUGAAGACAUACAUGAUGGCAUCCCAUCUGAAGAAACACCUGAAGUAAUGGAAAUGCCCAGCAAUGAGGUAUUGCCUCACGAGUCAGUACGACACCGUGUGGAAUCUGAGAUCUUGCAUGAGUCUUCGCAAGAUAAACACGGAGAGGUCUCUCAGAGCACCAGUAAUAGACAGGAAGGAGACAUAUUUAUUAAUGAAAACCCUUUGACUGAAAAAUUAGUUGAAGGUCUGCCUUCCAAUGGAGAUGCAACUGAAGACAUGCCAGCUGAGUGCAGUGAGACUGUAAGCCUUGAUACAGAACCUGAAUCUGAAGAAACACUGAAUGAACAAAGCAGUCCAGCCACAGACUCUUCAUCUAAAGCAAGUAGAUGGGGAGCUUGGGGUACCUGGGGAAAGUCUCUCCUGUCAUCAGCUUCUGCCACAAUGAGUCAUGGGAUAACAGCAGUAAAGGAAAAAGCAGGAACUACCCUAAGAAUUCAUAAUACAAGUUCAGCAUCUUCAGAAACAGCAGAGUUUCCUGCAGCUGAAACACCAAUUACACAAGCAGAAGAUUCUCUGGACCAAAGCUCUUCUGAGAAUGUUCCUUCUUCUCCUUCAUCUGGAUCUCGUGGCAUGUUGUCAGCUAUCACUAAUGCUGUUCAGAACACAGGGAAGAGUGUUUUAUCUGGAGGCUUAGAUGCUUUGGAAUUUAUUGGGAAGACAACCAUGAAUGUCCUUGCAGAAAGUGAUCCUGGGUUUAAGAGAACCAAAACACUGAUGGCAAGAACAGUUUCUCUCUCUCAGCUGUUGCGCGAAGCUAAAGAAAAAGAGAAACAGAGGAGGGCCCAGCAAGUUACAGUUGAAAGAACAGCCCAUUAUGGACUACUUUUUGAUGAAUUCCAAGGUUUGUCUCAUCUUGAAGCUCUGGAAAUCCUGUCAAAUGAAAGUGAAGCUCAGAUUCAGUCAUAUUUAGCAACACUUGAUGGAGAGCAGUUGGAGGCUGUGAAAACUGAUUUAAUUGCUAUAAAAGAGAUUUUUGUUCCAAAGGAAUCAGAUGAUGAAGUGCUGCAGGAACAGAAAGCAGAUAUGGGAGAAGAGUUUGUCAGCAUGCUCACUGAACUGCUCUUUGAAUUGCACGUUGCUGCUACUCCUGACAAACUCAAUAAGGCUAGGAAAAAAGCUCAUGAAUGGUUGGAAGAAGCCACUUUUUCCACUCCAGUAGACAUAGAAGAGAAGCUAAAAGAAAAACCUGGAGAACCUGGUGAAGAAAACACUGAAAAAGAAGAUAAAAUUGACAGUGAAAAACCAGAAGUAAAUAAAAACAAAACUGUGGAGGAAAUCUACAUGCUGUCCAUUGAAAGUCUGGCCGAGGUAACUGCUCGUUGUAUUGAACAGCUUCAUAAAGUAGCGGAAUUAAUUCUGCAUGGGCAGGAAGUAGAAAAAACAGCUCAAGAUCAAGCAAAAGUACUGACAAACUUAACAAAUGCCAUGUGCAAUGAAGUUUCAUCUCUAUCCAAGAAGUUUUCCGAUUCUGUAACAGCAGCUGGGAGCAGUAUGAAGGCAGAGGUUCUUAACCCCAUCAUCAACAGUGUGCUAUUAGAGGGUUGCAACAGUACUACCUAUAUUCAGGAUGCUUUCCAGCUAUUGCUUCCAGUUCUGCAAAUUUCCCAUAUCCAGACGAGCUGUUUGAAAGCACAAGAAUGACAGUUUCCCAGCAGCUGUCACCACUGGGCUUAACAGAAACCACACACCUGAUAUCUUUGAUGCAUGCAGGUAGAAGAGAUGGUACGAGAGAUGUCUGGCCACUUUGAGAAAUUUGAAGACACUAAAUGCGAUUUUGCACAUACGAUAUUGAACAACAUUUUAAAACUCUUUUCAGACUUUUAGACUUAAGAAGUAGUUAAUAAAGUGAGUAAUUUCUUUUCCAUUAGAGUAUAUCCUUUGCAGGAAUUUAAACCAAAGUUUAUUCAUAUUAUCAUUGACUUAAACACAGUUUCUAAAUGUUGACCCUUUCAGUUGUAUGAAGUGAAUUGGAAUGUAAAGUUGUUUAAAACAUUUCAGCCCAAAUGACCAUUUCUGUUGUUUGUAUCCUGUCAGUUAAAAAUGUAUAUUUCAAAAAUUGGUUUCAGUAUUUGAUUUGAGGCAACAUGAGCAAAUUAUCGUAGUGCUGUGCUCAUUAAAUAUUGCUUAUAGUAGCAAACAAUAACAUCAUAAUAAUAUGUACCACCUACAUAACACUUUGUGUUGAAAAAGUUGUACAGUAAUAGGUAUGAACUUUGCUAAAUGAAAAUUAUGGAGAAAGUGCAUAAAGAAUUAUACUGAGAAGUUCUGAGCCAGUUAAGAGUGCUAAGCUCUAUAUUUGCUGACCCAUGAUUUUAUAUUUAUGUGUCUGUUUCUUCAUUCCAGCAACUGAACAACAUUGCAGGCUGAAGUAAUCUUUUUAAUAUGCAAGGGAUAGAAAAUUUCCCUUUCGUUUGGCAGUUGAAACACCCCCAAAAUAACCUCCUCUCAGAUGCAUCACCAGGUUAGCACUUCAGGGUUUAAUUUGGGCUUUAAACAUUGUAAACCUUUUAUCAAAUGGAGUUACUGAUACUAACAAUUCAGCCGUACAGUUUUGGGGCGUAGAAAAGAAGUUGUGAAAACAAGUUAAGAGAGAAUUGCUUUGGGUGGGGAGGUCCUAUGUCACCUUUUCUCUGGGGCAGUAGCUACACAGAGCAUAAAUGAGCAGCAGGUAUGACGUUUCAUGAUAACACCAGCAACCAUGAUAAUUUGUCCAUAUCCUUAGCUUAAAAUCCUGAGCUGUGAACCUCAGAUUUGUUUAGGUUAGUUUACCUCGUAGGCAGGAAGAACAUCCCAAUAUUUUAUGUAGCCUCUUCUCCUGGAUUGUCAUUGUUUAUUAUGAUUCUUUCAGCUAUUUUGUAUUUUUUUUUUCCGCUUGAUACACUCAUGGGUUGUAUUUAAAUGCUAUUUAAUUGUAGUUAACAUCUGAGUAUUUUUUACUAUAGAAGCAAGUUCAUACAUCAUAAAAAUGAUGAAAUGGAGAAUAAGGAAAUACUAUCCUGUUUUUCAAAAGAGAGAAACCAUGUUUCUGCUUUGCACAUGGUAACUUUUUUGAGACCGAAUAAGAGAGGACAGAAAGGUCUCUGUGUGUCUUACACGAUUGCGGUCCCUGUUCUGCUGUCACACACAUUGUGACUUUUCCAUCUUUUGUUACUUAGAGAUGAAGUUUUCACUAUCCCUGGAAUAAGGUUUGUUACAUAAAAUCUAUUUUCUGCCACCCUGUAAUCGAACAGAUUUGAGAUAUCUUUCUGAGUAAGUAGAAGGGGUACAGUCUUCAAAUCCACUUGCAUAAAAUGUAAAAAACCCACUUUACAGCAAUGUGAACAAAAAUAAGAAAGCCCCUUGGCAGCUGCAAAGGCAAACAAAGGUUCACAUGCAUUGGUAUUUAUGCCAUAUUGAACAGCCAACAUUACCUUAACAUGGGAGGAAGUGGGACGCAGGAAAAUGCGACCAGUCAGCAGACUCACUAGCCCAGAGGUAGGAUUCAGCUCCCACCAACCAUUACACUCACCACACUUCUAUCUGGCAUGGCUUUAUUUCUGAAAGCAUCAUUUCAAAAGUGUAUUACAAAAUAAUGUUUAGUUGAUACAAAACAUUUCACCUCUGGCUUCUACACUUUGAGGGGAAUAAGCGGACUCUUCUCUAGUCGUUCUGCUUGGCUGCGGGCAGAUGCACACACGUGUGCUUGCUUGAUCAGAGGUCAUUCUUGUAUACACACUGUGACCCAGGAGAACAGCUCCUCAGUGCACGUUACUGAGGGCCACAUACUUGCGCCAUAUGCAGGAUCAUGAGCAGUUCCCAGUUUUAAAGAUCUAGACACCAGUGAAAGUAUUCAGUAGCCUGUAAAAAGGCCUAGUUGUUUAAGGUGCUUCUUUCUGUUGCUCUAUGCUGGCAAGCAGAAUAUAAUACCUGGUUAAAGCUUGUUUAUUUUUUCAGAGACAGUAAAGAAAGGUGUUUUCACCUAUCAAUCAUUACAAGCUGGAUUUAUUUUUACUUUAACUUGAUCAUUAUUUUUCAUCAAGAAUUCUUUCUAUUCAGUUUGGAGUACAGCUCUGCAUUAGGUAUCUGUAAACAUCACAUUACUGCCAAAUGAGUCACAGAACAUGGCAGUAGCUAUUCAAUAUCGGUCCCAAUCCGAGUUAGUGUUUUCCAACAUAAAUUGAUUUAGUUACUUUUUAUAUGGAUCUUUUUUUUCCUCUGAACUGCAGUGCAGAAUAUAUAGUGUUAAACCUGUCAGAAAAACGUGUUGACUAAUGGUGGUGCCUCUUAGCAGAGGCUGAAAAAUAUAGUAUUAGAAGCCUCAGGGGAUAAUGUUUGCAGUGGUUGAGGGGCAUUCAUAAGACAAAGAUUGCUUGUCUGAGAUACUGCUUACUAGAGGUUUCACUGUCUUGCUUAAAUUAUGUAUGUAUUAAAUAAAGUACCUUACCCUAAAGUAAAAGAAGCCAUAAAAAAUAACAUGGAGACUUGAAGUAUUUACAUCUAUACAAAGUAGAAAGGAAAAUAAGGCAGAAUAUGAGCAUAGGGUUACUCCAUCUGAUCUCAGAUACAGUAAUUUUGCCUUAGGACAACUGAAUGUUGUAUCUGUACAUCAAUUUCAGGUAAAUAACAUCUCAGUAGAAAAGUACUAUGUGGAUGUAACCAGAAUGUUUUGUUUACACAGAUUUGUAUUUUUCCAUCGGUCAAAUAAAUCACUUUAGAUACUGAA